GGGAUGCUGCUGGAAUGACUGAUCAACAAAUUCGUAGUUUUAUAUCUGAUCUUGGUAAACUUGGUUUUGUAUGGCAAUUUAUUACAUUAGGUGGUUUCCAUUCUAAUGCAUUGGGUAUUGAUUUAUUUGCACGUAAAUAUGCUGAGAUAGGUAUGUUGGCAUAUGUUCAAGAUAUUCAACGUCAAGAACGUAUGAAUGGUGUUGAAACAUUACAACAUCAAACUUGGUCUGGAGCAAAUUAUGUUGAUUCACUUAUGAAAAUUGUACAAGGCGGUGUUUCUUCUACAUCUGCUAUGGAAAAUGAGGAUGAAUUAGCAAAAUAUUUAAAUAUGGUUAAUAUAACUGACAAUAUUAAUCCACUUAUUUGGUGGAAAGAAGGAAGAGAUGAUUUACCAAUACUUUCUAUAUUAGCAAGUAUUCCUGAAGAGGAAUAUUAA